GGAAACAUUCCGCUCGCUGGCUGCUGGCUGGGUGGCUGGAGUCCGACCAGCUCGGCGCUAUCAGUCGCUUUUCCAGGUUUGGGAGCGCCAUGGGCACGUCGUCAGGGAUGCUGGUGCGCUUCGGACGGCGCUGUGGACGAGUGAAGGAAAACACAGGAAUAAGAAAGUUUGAAGAAGACCAAGUUUCCUAUCCACCUCUUCUACCUAGCAAAGUAGAUCUCCGCCAGGUCACCAUAAUUCCACACGAUGAGUGGAAAAGGAUUCAGGAUAGCCUUGACAGUUUGACAAGAGAAGCCGCAUCUCUGCGUGCAGAAAGAAAGGCCAAGAAGGAAAUGCAUUUGCGAUCCCAAGAAGUGGUAAAACACUGGACGAAUACAUAUGCAGGAAUGAAAGAGCAGAAACUUGAAGCCAAAAAAAAGCGUGAUGAAGAAAUUGAGGCAGAAAGACAAAUUCUUGAUAUAGAAGAAGCACUAUACAAACAAAGAGAAAGAAAGAAGGCCAUUGAACAUGCAAAACAGUAUCAAUUUUUCCAAACAGAAAGAGUGAAAAAUUUUCAUUCAGGACUUCUUCUUAGUAGAGUUAUGAAAGAACGUGAUGCCCAGAUUGAAUUCAAAAAGUCUAAGAUAAAGUCAGACAAAAAAUGGGAAGAACAAAUGAAACUUGAUAUUCAGAAAGCUUUUAAAGAAGAGCAAGAAAAAGCAGAAAAACAACGGACAGAAAGGGUGGCUCUUGCUAAUGAUCACCUUAAACAAAUAAAAGAACAUGAAGAAGAAGAAGAAAGAAGGAGAAAGCAUGAAGAAAAAGAUGCUGAGGAAAUAAAGCGACAGAAUUUAUUAUAUGAAAUAGAAAUGAAGAAAAAACUAAAAAAGAAGAAAGAAGAGAUGCAUGAAAGCAGGAGACUGUUUUUUGAACAUUUGAAUGAUAAAAAUAUCAUCAAAGCUGUAGAGCAGCAGCAGCAAGAAGAGGAAGAUGAAAAGAUCAGAAGAUUUAUCAAAGCCAAAAAGCGUCUCACACAAAUGGGCAGAGAAAAAGAAGCUGAAACACACAGGCUGAUGGAAGAACGAAGAGAAAGAAUAAAUAAUUUCUUGAGUGAACUAAUGAAAGAAAAACUGGACAAUGAAGAUUUGAUUAUUGCCAGAGACAUUGCAGAAAUUGAAGCUGAAUGGGAAAAAAGAGAAAAAGAAAAAUAUGAAAAAAAGCAAGCAGAAUUAAAUGCUAUUGCAGAAUACAGAGACAUUGUGAUCAAAAAUAAAGAGGAAGAACAAAGACAAAGACAAAUAGAGUCUAAAGAACAUCUUAUGGCUAUCCUGGAAGCAGAUCAGAUUUUCAAGGAGCAUGAAAAGGAGAAAAAAAACAGAGCUGAUAAGGAGCGCCGAGAAAUUCAAGACGCCCACAUUCAGCAGAUGGCCAAAAAUAAAUUAAAUGCAAUACAAGCAAAACAAGCAGAACUGGAUUAUUACAAACUUACUGAAGCUCUUGCUGCUGAAAAGGAGAAAGAAUUUCAGGAUUAUGCCAGGGAAGUAAUUAAGUUUGAGUCUGAAUCAACAAAUAAAUACAUAUAUCCUCUGGUAAAAGCUGCACAGGAAGGACCCGGAGGUGGCCGUGGACCAGUUUUUGUGGACAGAGGAAGAUUAAGACCCAGCUAUCAAGCUAAUGAUAAUACUGGAGUCCAGCUUCCGUUUUAUAACUCUCAAGGAUCAAAAUAUAAUAAUUUUCAAAAGUCAAAGGGAAGGCUGGGUUUUACAUGGUAGAAAAAUUAUUUUAAGAUUGAAAUGACCAUGUUUAUAGAAAAUGAGCUACAAAUGUAAAUGGA